CCGGGAUAGAAUCACCUUGUCUUUGCAUUGAAACGAAAAAUGGCGGGCCUGCCUGAUGAAUUUUCUUCAAACUCGCCGUUAUCUUUCGAUUUUACUGACGGUCUACUCGACGAUGAUGUUGCCCAAAAAAUGAGAAUUCCACAAAAAAUUACCGUAGCUGGGGACGAAGAGGAAUAUCCGGCUAGUGCAGCGACAGGUACCUCGGGGGCAGCUAUGACAUCGUCGAUGAUGGCCAUUCCAGAACGAAUCGAAAUCGGCAAUGUUGCUUCUCCAACGAGUGAAAUUCCCAAGGAUUUAAGAGAUAAUUUGGGGAGUGUGAAUUCUAAGAGUAGUAUGGUAACUCCACCACGAACUCUUACUGUUGGUGACACAAAAUCGGCACAUUAUCCUCAAAGGAUCGCGACAGCACAACCUUCCCCAAUUCGUGGAACAGGUGAGAGAGGGGCUUUUGCGGCUAAAUUCGUCGAAGAUGAAAGGUAAGCCUGUCGUUAAGCGUAAUUAAAGAAUAUUUUUUUACUUUAGUGAUUUCUUUCUUUCUUUUCUUGUGCAUCGUAGCCUUUGUGUUUUAGUACUCAAAUUAUAUUAUUAAAUUUUAGAAUACACAAUUUUGAUAUUUGUGCUAUGUGAAAAUAAUAACUUCAGAAUAUCCGGCCUCUACGUUCUAACAUCUUUAAGUGUUGGUCUUGCAGUCUUGCAGUCGUGAACAUUUACAUUAAAAAAAUGAAUUGACGUAGUCCAACUGUAUGUGUAUCAACUGAUUCUUCGUUGUGUAGGCUUUGAGAGGCUUUCACGUAAACUUAUGUCAAAUUGUUUAAUAAUUUGUUUGGUAGGAAGUGACGUAAAUUUUCAUAUUUCUUGACUAAAGAAAUUUAGGAUUGACCGUGGAAGUAGUCAUCCCACUUACCUUUUUAAAUCAACCAAUUUUUACAGGUUCAUCAACUACAACCCUUUAGGGUUGCAUUUAUCAUAAAUUUAAUUUGGAUCAUUAUCAUUUCUGGGAAACUGCCCACCUCCCCCUCCCCUAAGCCAACAUUAACAUUUACUUCUCACUUUGGAGAAAAUGUAGGCUUAGGGGAGAGGUAGUUGGGCAGUUUCCCCGAAACGUAUAAUGAUCGAUCCCUCCUUAAUUUUUCUGAUUUGAUAGCAUGCCAUUCAACAAUAUUAUUCAAAACUGUUCUUAUAUUUUAGUAUUGCUGUUGGUCUUGAAGUUAUUGAAGAAGGUACGCCACUUGAUAGUGACGGUGAAGUUGGUCAUUACAUGGGCAACGACCUGUCAGACACCAGGAAGUGCUUGAUUCAGGUGCAACAGUUAAACCGCAGAGUGCGAGAUCUUGAGAGAGACUUGCAGAGAAAUACAGUUGGAUUCUGGUCCAAACUCGCUUUCUUUGCUUUUACAAUCAUCAACCCUAUUAUACUCCACUGGCUUUUGUGGAAAAGAAGAUAAACAGUGCUUGAUAAUAAAGUUGCUGGUCACGUAAACAAACAAUAAGAAAGAGAAAAAACUGUUGUAAAUAUAUUUGAGCACUCGGUAACGAUAGGAGAUUCUUUGGUUUUGCUUGGGUAUCACUAGGCUGAGAAACUGCAGCAAGAUGCUGAUAUGAUACUUCUAUGACUUUUAUACUGGUUCUUUUAUUGAAGUGGUGCCUGGUAUUUCAAAAAUGACUUCUGAUUAUGCUAAUUCCCCUUCAAAUUGCCUUUCUUUCAGUAUGAAAACAGUCUAGAGGAAACCUAGUUAGACCGGAUAACCGAUAGGUUAAGGUAGAUGGGCAUAGCUCCGCCUCACAUGGCAGGUCAUUUAGUAAGAAGUCCUGUUUUAUAAUCCCCUAGGGAAAUGGAGCGUGAUUUCAAUAAUAGUAAGGCCAUGUCCAAGUGGAAUGUCCUUCUCUUUGUCAAAAAUUUGAACUAAAUGGUAUAUUUGGCUAUAAGGUUAAAAAGCUUUAAAGCCCUU